UAAACAUAGACCUUAGAAAAUAUCGCCGGUGCACUUGUGUGGACGUACUGUGUAAAAACCUACAAGUUUCUAUGAAAGUUGAUUAAAAUAUAAGUCUGGACUAGCAGAGCACUUAAUUCUGCAGUUAGUCAAACACACUCUCGUUUUAUUAUUAGUUUACGCCGGCUAUACAAGUGCAUAUUUACAACAAAAGUCGGUAUUCGCAACAAAGCACACUAUUACGUCAUACAUACGAGUAUUUGCCAGCUAGUCAAAUUUCAACCCACGAGUAUAAACUAUAAGUGUCAAUAGGGACUGACAGUCGCUAUACAUUUUCUUCAGUGAAUGGUUUAGUUGGAUGCUUGAACGCUUAAAAUGGUGAUUAAUAGCAAAAUCACAACUGCUUCUAAGCAUUUGCAUAGCAAUGAUAUUGAACGCGUACCGGAGACAAUCCACUUUCCAACUGAAGAGCAGAAUAUAUUGGAAAUCUGGCAAAGAGAAAAAACUUUCGAGCAUUGCAUGCAACUAUCCGAGCACAGGCCACGAUACACUUUCUACGACGGCCCUCCAUUCGCCACCGGUCUGCCGCAUUAUGGUCACAUUUUAGCUGGCACAAUCAAAGACAUUGUGACGCGUUAUGCCUACCAACAAGGCUAUCAUGUGGAGCGCCGCUUUGGCUGGGAUUGUCAUGGUUUGCCGGUGGAGUUUGAAAUUGACAAACAAUUGAAUAUACGUGGACCAGAAGAUGUGGCUAAGAUGGGUAUUGCCACAUACAAUGCUGAAUGUCGCAAGAUUGUUAUGCGUUAUGCCAAAGAAUGGGAGGAGGUGGUGACGCGUAUGGGGCGGUGGAUUGAUUUUCGAAAUGAUUACAAAACACUCUAUCCAUGGUACAUGGAGUCGAUUUGGUGGGUUUUCAAGCAACUCUACGAUAAGGGGCUCGUCUAUGAGGGUGUCAAAGUGAUGCCAUAUUCCACAGCCUGCACAACGGCACUGUCAAAUUUCGAAUCGGGUCAGAAUUACAAAGAGGUGGUAGACCCUUGCGUGGUGGUGGCUUUUGAGACACUCAAUAUGGAGAAUACCUAUAUUCUCAUAUGGACAACUACACCUUGGACGUUGCCAUCAAAUUAUGCUUGUGCGGUUAAUCCAAAUUUCAUUUAUGUGAAGGUUCUCGAUAAGAAGAGUCAACGCUUUUAUAUUUUGGCUGAGUCUCGCUUAAGUUCCGUCUACAAAACCGAGGAUGAUUAUGAGAUUGUGGAUAAAUUUCCCGGUCAGAAAUUAGCCAACACUUCAUAUAAACCACCAUUUCCCUAUUUCCUCGAAAAAGGUGCAGCAGUGAAUGCUUUUCGUGUACUUGUCGACGACUAUGUGACCUCAGACUCCGGUACCGGUAUAGUUCACAAUGCGCCCUAUUUUGGUGAAGACGAUUAUCGCAUAUGCCUAAAUGCGGGCAUUAUAACGAAAUCCAGUACGCCCAUUUGUCCACUGGACGAAGUGGGACGUUUCACGGCAGAAAUCACAGAUUUCGUUGGUCUAUAUGUUAAGGAUGCUGAUAAGCAGAUAAUAGCGAAACUUAAGCAGCUCGGCACACUAUUUUCAGUAGGACAAGUUAAACAUAGUUAUCCCUACUGUUGGCGUUCGGAUACACCUUUGAUUUAUAAGGCAGUGCCCUCUUGGUUCGUGCGUGUCGAGCAUAUGUCGCAGAACUUGCGCGAGUGCAGCGCGCAAAGCCAUUGGGUGCCGGAGAACGUGCGAGAUGGGCGGUUUGGUAAUUGGCUGAAAGAAGCGCGCGAUUGGGCGAUAAGUCGCAAUCGCUAUUGGGGCACACCCAUCCCCAUAUGGCGCUCAGCCAGUGGCGAUGAAAUCAUUUGCGUUGGCAGCAUUGAGCAAUUGGCGGAAUUAUCUGGCAAACGUAUUGAAGAUUUGCACCGUGAGACGGUCGAUGAAAUCGAAAUCCCGUCCGCCAUACCAGGUCAUCCACCACUUCGUCGCAUUAACGCUGUGUUCGAUUGCUGGUUCGAGUCCGGUUCAAUGCCAUUUGCUCAACAACAUUUUCCUUUCGAAAAUUCCCAUAGUUUCAUGCGUAAUUUUCCGGCUGAUUUCAUUGCCGAGGGCAUUGAUCAAACACGUGGGUGGUUUUACACACUCUUGGUUAUUUCCACGGCGCUUUUCAAUAAAGUGCCCUUUAAGAACUUAAUUGCGAAUGGACUUGUCCUGGCUGCUGAUGGUCAGAAAAUGUCAAAACGUAAGAAAAACUAUCCUGAUCCCAUGGAAGUGGUGAAAAAAUAUGGCGCUGAUGCCCUACGCCUGUACUUAAUCAACUCGCCAGUGGUGCGCGCCGAGAACUUGCGUUUCAAGGAGGAAGGUGUGCGUGAGAUCAUUAAAGACGUUUUCCUGCCACUCUACAAUACUUAUCGCUUCUUGUUGCAAAAUAUUGCGCGUUACGAGAAGGAAGAUCUGCGCGGUCUGGCACGUUAUCAAUAUGACAAAGAACGACAUUUGCAGUCACUGGAGCACGCCACCUUGCUGGAUAUUUGGAUAGUUUCUGUGAAGGAGUCUCUAGUUGAAUUCUUCGCCAAAGAGAUGAAACAAUAUCAUCUCUAUACUGUGGUGCCUCGUUUGACUAAGUUCAUAGAUCAGUUAACCAACUGGUACAUUCGCUUGAAUCGCCGCCGACUCAGAGGUGAUCAAGGUGAAACCGAUUGUCUUCAAGCCUUGGAUACACUCUAUUCCGUGCUCUUUGCACUGGUUCAUCUGCUAGCACCCUUUACGCCAUUUCUCUCCGAAUACAUUUACCAGCGCAUUCUGCCUUUUGAUCCGAACAGUGCCACCUUUGCAGGCACAACUUCAGUUCAUCACCAAUUAAUGCCACAGGUUAAUUCGAAAUCCAUACGUCUUGACAUCGAGAAAUCGGUGUCGUUGAUGCAGACAGUUAUCGAAUUGGGUCGUGUCAUGCGUGAUCGCCGUACAAUGCCUCUGAAAUGUCCGCUCUCAGAAAUCAUCGUAAUUCACAGUGAUCCACAUAGUUUAGCAGCCAUCGAUAGUCUGUCAGAUUUCAUACUUAGCGAGUUGAAUGUUCGAAAAUUGACACUCAGCUCUGAGAAGCAGAAAUAUGGUGUUACGUUGCGUGCAGAACCGGAUCAUAAGACACUGGGUCAACGCCUAAAAGCCGACUUCAAAUCUAUAAUGGCUGCUUUAAAAUCACUUACCGAUGAGGAGAUACAAACCCAUGUAUCCAACGGCUACUUCACUAUAUGCAAUCAACGUAUUGAACUCUCGGAAGUGCGGCUAAUUUAUUGUGUUUCGAAAAAUGUAGGAACCAACUUGGAAGCGCAUAGUGAAAAUGAUAUACUCGUACUAUUGGAUAUGACACCAACCGCGGAGUUAUUGGAGGAGGGAUUAGCGCGUGAAAUCAUAAAUCGUAUACAAAAGCUAAAGAAGAAAGCGAAGCUAAUACCGACAGAUGAGGUGGUGAUUUUCUAUCGCGCAAUUGAAACGAAUAAUACGAAAAACAAUGAGUCGAGCAAAACAACAGCUAAAGAGCUAACAGAAAUUGUUGUUAAGCACAAAAGCUUGAUUAAAGCUGCUAUAAAAUCGGAACUAUUGGAAUAUAGUGAGGAAAAUAUAUGCAAAAGGCACCCCAUUAUCAAUGAGAUUGCUAAUGUGAAGGGUAUCGAUUUAGAACUGACUAUUUGUACAGCAGAGGAAAAUCGUCUGCACUCUCAUACCCGUAUAAUACUCGCCGAUGUAUUCUCACCCCGUUAUGAGCGGAGUAGAAGUGCGAGUGUGGGUUUGAAGAAUACCGCAACGGGCGAAUUUAUUACGCUGCCCGAAUUAUAUGCUGAGGUGGACUUGAACUUUGGUCUGUAUGGUGUGAGUUAUAGUGUAUUUGUCUUUGAUGAGAGACAACAGCAAGUACGCGCACUGCAGGCUAUGGAUUUAAAUGAGAAAAUAAAUGGGCAGUUGCUGGUGGUGGCACGGGAGGCGAGUGAUGUGGACGGACAACUUUUUAAAUCCAAUGCAAAAGCUAAAUAAAACGUUAAAUAUGAAUGUAAUUGAAAUUUGGAUUCAUUUAAGAAAACCAUUUUUAUAUGAAUUUUGUGGUUAGGCUUUGAUUUAAAAUAAACGAAUUAUAAUUAUUAAAAAAAAAUUG